AUGCAAGUCGUUAAAACUGAAUUUGUUAAAAAGAAAGUGUUUUUGUUUUCCUAUCUUUGCGCUUUUUUGUAUAAUCUUCCUGGAUACUACUUCCGAGAUGAUGCGUCGAAAAUUCAUGGUGCAAUUCGAAAUUAUGUAGCUGAUUAUAUGAAACUAUACUAUGUUAAUGACGAUGCACUAAAAACUGACAAGGAAAUACAGGCAUUCAGAGAACAACUGAUAUCCCCAAGAUCAUUAGAAGGAAAUAGAGGGUGUGGUAUGCAGGGUGUUCCUGAUUUUGACUCUAUUGAAAACCUUUCUGCUACCUUGUCCAGUUUCAUCUUUAUAUGCAGUGUUGAACAUUCUGCGACAAAUUUCCCACAGUAUGAUCAGUAUGGGUUUGCACCAAACUAUGCUGCAAAAUUAAAUGGAUUUCCAGAGGAACAAUUUGGAUCUAACGAACUAAAUGCUGCUUUGCCUACAAAAAGGGAAUUUUUUUCAACUGUUAAAAUCAUGAAAGUUCUUACAACUGUCUUGACAAACAAUCUAGGGCAGUACGAAAAAGAAUACAUGCAGGCAAUGGACACGAAAGGAAGAGAAGCUGUUAAAAGGUUCCAGAAGGUACUAAAAACAAUAUCGGAGGACAUCGAUAAGAGAAAUGAACGUAUCAGACAGGAGAAUGCCAAACCCGAUUGUAAAGUCCAAGAUUACACCUACACUUGGCUCAAUCCGGACAAAGUCCUAAAUUCCAUCAGCAUCUAAAUCUGAGUAUUUCUUUUCAAAUUGGACACUCUGUACGAGCCAAGACGUUUUAUUAUGAUGUA